CGACUUCGAAGCGAAUCGGUUUAGUUUUCUUCCUGUCCGGUGUACCGUUCUAAAUUUCCAGUGUUUCCAAAGUGUUUGAGAGUGUAAAUUUCACAGAGCAUUCGAAAUGGCUAAGAAAGGAGGAGUUCAGCAGUUACAGGCGGAAAUCAACACGGAUGAGGAGUUUGAGAAAUUCUUGGAACGUGAUGGUUUGUUGGUCAUGGAUGUCUAUACCGAUUGGUGCGGUCCUUGUACCGGUAUGGUAGGCAGCCUGAAGAAAAUCAAACUAGAGCUGGGUGGCGAUAAUCUCCAACUGGCAGUGUGCAAAUCCGAUGAUAUCGAAGCAUUGAAGAGAUUCCGGAACAACAGUGAACCAACCUGGCUGUUCGCCUCGCAUGGUAAAAUCGUUAACCUCAUGUUUGGCACCAACGUUCCGAAGUUGAUCAAUCUUAUCACCGAAGAGCUGGACACCGAACUGAAAUGUCGCGCUGGGGAGGUCGAACGAAAGUACUUCCAACUGCACGAGCUGACCCCAGAAGAACAGGAACGUGAAGAUGCGCGAAAGGCAAUCGAAGAUGAGGCCGAGAGGAUUGAGAAAGAGGCUGCCAUCAAGAAACGAAGAGAUUACAUCAUCUUCGUGACGGAUACGAUUAUGCAAAAUAUCAGAGACAUGGGAAUCACUUUGUUCAUGCCGCAUGUGCACAAGGAUGUGUACAAAAAACUGAACGACAUGGCGGAAAAGCACGAUCUCCAUUUUAAGGAAAAACGAUUGGUCCAUUUGAGCCCGAAGAUGCUGGAAGUGCUUCAUUUCGAUUGUGAAAAUCGAAUGGAAGACGAAGUUUUCGAACAAAUAUUCUACAAAGAAGUUCAGGCGUACGUCUGGAAACGGCAAGAUGAUGUGACGCGUGAUCCCGAAGAUGUCAUCGGCGAUUUUGUCCGCUUUCUGACCGAACCUGCCGAAGUGUUGGACAGCGAUGGUAAUGUGGAGAAAGUUAUUCCGCCGUUGAUCGAACCAUUGGAAAUGAUUUACAAUCCCAAUGAUGGCAAAUGGAAUGCGGUGGACAAGAAUCCCCCACAGAAGAAGAAAGGAUCUACCAUUUCAGUAGAAUCGUCGCAAAGCACGUCCUCCAAGGAAACGUUCGAUGAAGAAAGCUGUCCCAAAAUGUACGUCCCGGGUGUGUGGAGUCCCACCAAUAGCAGAGCAACGGCCGCGUUGUUCUAUUUGCUGUUUAGACAUUUAGCCGAAUUCCUCCCACCGGACCCGGUUCCGGAACCGCCGCACAUUUGUAUGGUAUUCGAUGCAUACAAGAAGCGAGAUGUCUUCGAAGUGAUCGGUAAAUACAGUCGAGAUGUAAUAGCGCAUGGUUUUUUCACCUCCGGAGAUCCAAAGACUGCAGAGCUUAUUGCAAAGACGGCUGAGCGCUAUGUCCGUUUGAAGCCGAACGUUAACGAUAAGUUGAUUCUGAAGGUCGCCAAGGCCACCAGCCAUGCAAUGUUGGCUCUGACCGCGGUUGGGCCUUGCUAUCUCAGUCAGAACGCAGUAGAGGGCCAGGAAGAAUGCGCUGUUCUAUUUCCGCCCAACUAUAGCCAAAUCGAAGAGGAAGCGGAAGCUGCUGAGGAGACGAAGAAGAAACACAAGAAGAAAAGACGUGGAAAAAAGAGCGAUACUUCGGUUUCGACUUCGGAAUCGGCAACUUCUUCCACUCCGACGGCUGAUCAGGGUGCCGAUGGUCAAGGGGAAGGUGGAGAACUGGGAACGAUCGGAGAAGGUUCAACCGGAGAGGAAGGCGAAACGACGUCUUCGUCUACAAACUCUCCCGAAAAGAUUGGUGGGCCGGGCGAGGAAGGCGGAGAAGAGCAAAAGUCUUAAACUGUAUGGAUUGGAAAUUUCUUUUCGUUCCAUUUCAAGGAGGUAGCUUGCAUUUUUUUUUUUGAUUCAU